AUGGCGACGUCGAUGCAUCUAAACCGGCUACGGAAAUGGUUCCUUGCGUCUCCGCCAAUCGAGUUCGCCAUUUCGAAGAUCCGGGAACUGCUGGUUGGAGCGAUUAGGCAAGGGCCUGUUCCACAACAUGUCGCUUUCGUCAUGGACGGAAACCGGAGAUUCGCAAGAACGCACGGGAUCGAGACAGUGGAAGGACAUAAUCUGGGGUUUGAGGCGUUGGCUAGGAUUCUCGAAGUCUGUUACCGCAGCGGAGUGAAAGUCGUCACGAUCUACGCCUUCAGUAUUGAGAAUUUCAAGCGCUCAAAGUUCGAGGUAGACGCCUUGAUGGAGAUGGCGAGAGUCAAGCUUUCCCAGAUGGCGCAACACGGAGAGAUCCUCGACCGGUAUGGUGCGAAGGUGCGUGUGCUGGGUCGGUUGGAUUUGCUCCGGCCCGAUGUUCUCGCUGCGGUGAAUCGCGCCAUGGACAUGACUAGUAACAACGGCGACUGCGUCCUGAACAUCUGUUUCCCGUACACUUCCCGCGACGAAAUCACCGGUGCCAUUCGCGAUACCGUCACCGAAUACAGCAAGCCUCUACGGUCAGCGGGCUCGCCGUCAGCCGGCCAGCGGACACCGUUCUCCGAAACCCACAUUGCGCUGAACAUCCGCGCGCAGAACCUGAACUCCAAAGGCGAAGAAAUGAAUAGUGAUGUUGAGUCUGCAUCGGAAUCCUCGAUACAGAGCGACGAUGGAGCUGCCCGACAGGAUCCCGCUAAAAUCUACGAGUCCGGCUCGUCCUUCUCUUCGUCUACGACGCUACACCUCGGUGGAAACCAUGACGGAUCGACCUUGAAAGCCGUGACCGCCGGCAAAGGUGGAGACACGGAACGACCCGUGUUCAUGUCGCCAGAGACCAUUACUCGACAGACGCUGACGUCGCACCUCCUCACCAAAGACAAUCCCCCGCUUGACUUGCUGGUCCGUACAUCCGGGGUGGAGCGUCUGAGUGAUUUUAUGCUCUGGCAGUGUCACGAGGAUACGGAGAUUGUUUUCCUCGAUGUCUUGUGGCCUGAGUUCGACCUGUGGCAUUUCCUGCCGGUCCUGUUGGGGUGGCAGCGGCGUGUGUCGAAGAUGCGGAAGAACCCCGAAGCGGAAGGGAACUUUGACGGCGACGUGCCAGAGACGUCAGAGGAGGAGACGGAUAAGAGCCGUUGA